ACGCGCACGCACACCAGCGCAGCGGCUACAUUUUUUUUCGAGUGUGUUCGACAUUCAUAAUUUUUGUGGUGGAGCUGCCAGAAAAAAGCGAGAAAUUAUCAAAUUGCCAACGCAAAAUUGGCCCCAACUGCAUUGCAAAUUCAAGAAUAACUUGGCGCCGCAUCGCUCUCUUCGAGAAGCCCUAGACAUAAUCCACGUCCCCAGUUCAUCCCAGAAGAGAAAAAGAAGCAGCUGAAAGAUGUCGAGCCUGCCACGUCGCAUCAUCAAGGAGACGCAGCGUCUGAUGCAGGAGCCAGUGCCCGGGAUCAAUGCCAUUCCCGAUGAGAACAAUGCACGUUACUUUCAUGUGAUCGUCACCGGACCCAAUGAUUCGCCCUUCGAGGGCGGGGUCUUCAAGCUGGAGCUCUUCCUGCCGGAGGACUAUCCCAUGUCGGCGCCCAAGGUGCGCUUCAUCACCAAGAUCUAUCAUCCGAACAUCGAUCGUCUGGGCCGCAUUUGCCUGGACGUGCUGAAGGACAAGUGGAGUCCGGCCCUGCAGAUCCGCACCAUCUUGCUGUCCAUUCAGGCCCUGCUCAGUGCACCCAACCCUGAUGAUCCGCUGGCCAACGAUGUGGCCGAGUUGUGGAAGGUCAACGAGGCGGAGGCCAUUCGCAAUGCCCGCGAGUGGACCCAGAAAUACGCCGUCGAAGACUGAACGCCAGAGGUCAGGAGGUGGGUCAGGAAGCGGAUCCGGCAGUUGUAUCGGCGAUUUUCCAGAAAGUGGGUGCGCGACUUGGACGGGCGGGUGGGGAAAUUGCAUACUUUAAAAACAACCAGAAAAACCUAAAGCAAACGAAAGAAGAAAACAUAAACACAUAAGAAGAAAAGAUUUAAAAAGAAUUUUUUUUUUUCGAACCUUCUGGGGCGGGAUAUACCAUAUAAUAUAUAUAUUUUUUUGCAAACAAUCGAUCGGGGCGAUCGGCAAAUGGAGGAGAGAUAGCGAAAGCAUUCAUUAUGUAAGUCAUAUACAAUACAUGUAUCCGAUGAAAAACAAACACAGUAAUUGGUUUUAAUCGUUUCUAUUGAUUUGUUCGACGGGGUCUGGUGUCUAUAUGCAUAUAGCCGUAUAUAUUUAUAUGUGUAACUGAAAAUAACCAACCCAUAAGCAUUAACCCAUGUAGCAUCAGAUAAUAAAUCAAUUGGAAAGGCAACUAGAAGGGAUUUCGAUUUUGAUUUUGAUUUCUUCUCACUUGUACAUUCGAUGAAAACUCUGCUUAAUGUCUAUUCAAAAUAGGGAGUUUUGGAUUGUAUCAUUUUCAAUGUCUUGAUGAAUUUCGGAUGUGAUCGUCAAUUUCGUAGACUUCAUAUUUUUUUCUUAACUAAGUGGGAGAGUUCACCAUUUUGAUUGAUACUUGAGCUUUGCCUGGGUUGUGUCAGAGUCCCUUUGAUAAACGAUAAAUGGUUUUACUCGAAAACAAUUUUUUUUAACCAAACGAAGGAGCCUUUAAGCUAUUAGUAAUUUUUGAAAAAAUAUAUAUAUAAAAUAUGAUAAAAAAAAAACAAAAAAAUGAAUGCAUACACUAUAUAUUUAUACAAAACAUAAGAAGUAGUGGCUUGAUUGCGUGAAAAUCUUCAAGAGCAGUUCUCAACAAAAAUUGUGUACAGUAAUUAACCUUUUUCACCCAAAUCACUAAAGGAUAAACCGCAAAACAAUAGCAACCAUAAAUCAAAGAAUAAGCAAGAAUAAAAAUCAACAAAUUCAA